AUGAACGCUACACGCGCCCUCGCUCGCCAGCCCAUGAUCCGCUUCCUGGGCAAGCGCAGCACUCCUCAGAAGGUUGACCACACCCCGCACGUCCACCCUGCCUCUCCGAUGAGCGAGCUUCCCUCAUCCUUCGCGUCCUACCGCAAGAAGGCGCAGCAACACGGCCCACUCAACCACAUUCCCAGCGCCUUUGUUGGUGGUCACAUUGGCGGCGCAGCCGGCAGGAACCUGGGCCCCAUUGAGGCAGGCAAGGGCCUAUACUUCGACCGCUCCGAGCUGCCCGCACGCUUCCAGAGCCCGUCCAUGACCAUGGCCGAGAUCGAACUGCUCGAGUCUGGUGGUGCCAGCGCAUUCGCAUAG